AUGAUCGGCUCUCUGGACAGCAUCGCCGCACGCCUCGAAUCCAUUCAAGAGCGGCCUGAUUUGGUGUGCAAGCGCAAGGCACACAUGCGGGACCCCGAGGAGUCCUCACGACCGCCAGCGAAAUGGCGCGCUCGCUGCGGUUGGCCGUACGGCUACUCCAACUUCACUCGGGCACAUGAUGACGGUUCUCAGAACCUGUGCCUCAAGUGUUUCCCCGAGGCAGGGGCAGAGAGUCGCAAGAAGGCGGCAGGGCAGCCGCCGUCCGAUACGGAGUCCACUGACAGCUACGCUGUCAUGGACACCGGCCUGCGAGCGCUUCUCCUGGACGCCGGCGCGUCAGAGGACCUGAUCGCCUACGUCGCGACCAAAGGCAUCCUCUCGACCGCGAUCUUCGCCGAGAUGGGCGAGGACGUCAAGGAGUUCGAUCAAGCAAUGGUACAGCCGCUCUCCUCGCCAUUCAAGCUCCAUGACGGCAAGGUCUUUGAAGUGAGUGACGCCGAGUUACCAGUGGCUCGCGCAAGACUGCGCCACGCUUGGCGAAAGGCCCGCGAGAAGUCUGCACCAAACACAGCGAGCAGCUCCCCGACUACGACCGCAGCCGCAGCCACGGCGACCUCCAAGACAAAGGAGCUGCCGCCCGGGUAUUGGCAGCAGCAGAUACACAAGUACGAAUCUGUGCUCAUACAUGGAGUUCCUCGCAAGUUCCCCGAGAUGACAGCGGUCUUCAACGAACUUCGACAGUGCGCGCUCCACGGUCUCCGUGUCAGUGUCGUGACUCAUUGCUACGAGUGCUGCAUGGCUUCCGUAAACCUGUUGCGGUCUGUCCUGGCCUCGCAAACCCUGCGACCAGGCUCGGCCAAAGCCGGCGAAUUCCAGAAGCUUUGCAGACACUUUGCCGAUAUCCUGGUGCCCUUGGUGGCCUCCCAUCUGGAGGCUCUUUUCGGCAGUGCGGCCAGGCUGGACACCGGCACAAUCGUAUCUUCGAUGGUGCCGGACCUCAUCCAAGCGGAGGUUGAGUACAAACUUCCUCCAGAGGCUCCUGAGCAAGGCAACGCGCCGGCGGAGCCAGAGGCAAUCCGCCCAGCCGAUCCACCUCUUGAACCACCGUGGCCAGAGAUGCCAACGGAGGUGCCUACAACGUCGAGCGACGCAUAG